GGCGCGCACGCUGUCGGGCCGUACCGCCACCCCCGCUGCCGCCGGGACUGAAGUGAGCCGCACGGGUCAGGAGUGCCAGCCAGCCAGUGAGUGGGUCCCGCUGCCGCCUGCACCCGGGGCGAAGCAUGGCGGCCGCCAAGGUGGCUUUAACCAAAAGAGCAGAUCCAGCUGAGCUAAGAACAAUAUUUUUGAAGUAUGCAAGUAUUGAAAAAAAUGGUGAAUUUUUCAUGUCGCCCAAUGACUUUGUCACUCGAUAUUUGAACAUUUUUGGAGAAAACCAGCCUAAUCCAAAGACUGUGGAACUUGUAAGUGGUGUGGUGGAUCAGACCAAAGAUGGAUUAAUAUCUUUUCAAGAAUUUGUAGCAUUUGAAUCUGUCCUGUGUGCCCCUGAUGCUUUGUUCGUGGUGGCAUUUCAGCUGUUUGACAAAGCUGGCAAAGGAGAAGUCACUUUUGAGGAUGUUAAGCGAGUUUUUGGACAGACCACAAUUCAUCAGCAUAUUCCGUUUAACUGGGAUUCAGAAUUUGUGCAACUACAUUUUGGAAAAGAAAGAAAACGGCACCUGGCAUAUGCGGAAUUUACUCAGUUUUUACUGGAAAUACAGUUGGAGCAUGCAAAGCAAGCAUUUGUGCAACGGGACAAUGCCAGGACUGGAAGAGUCACAGCCAUUGAUUUCCGAGACAUCAUGGUCACCAUCCGCCCACACGUCUUGACACCUUUUGUGGAAGAAUGUCUAGUAGCUGCUGCUGGCGGUACCACAUCCCAUCAAGUUAGUUUCUCCUAUUUUAAUGGAUUUAAUUCGCUCCUUAACAAUAUGGAACUUAUUAGAAAGAUCUACAGUACACUGGCUGGCAACAGAAAAGAUGUAGAAGUGACAAAGGAGGAGUUUGUUCUGGCAGCUCAGAAAUUUGGUCAGGUUACACCCAUGGAAGUUGACAUCUUGUUUCAGUUAGCAGAUUUAUAUGAACCACGGGGACGAAUGACUUUAGCAGACAUUGAACGAAUUGCACCUCUGGAAGAGAGAACUCUGCCCUCCAACUUGGCCAAGGCCCAGAGGCAGAAGGCCUUAGGGGAUGCAGCUCGGCCAAUUCUCCUGCAGGUUGCAGAGUCAGCUUACAGGUUUGGCCUGGGUUCUAUUGCCGGAGCUGUUGGAGCCACUGCCGUGUAUCCUAUCGAUCUUGUAAAAACCCGAAUGCAAAACCAACGAUCCACUGGCUCUUUUGUGGGAGAACUUAUGUAUAAAAACAGCUUUGACUGUUUUAAGAAAGUACUACGCUAUGAAGGCUUCUUUGGACUGUAUAGAGGUCUGUUGCCACAAUUGUUGGGAGUUGCCCCAGAGAAGGCCAUAAAACUUACAGUGAAUGAUUUUGUGAGGGAUAAGUUUAUGCGCAAAGAUGGUUCGGUCCCCCUUGCAGCAGAAAUUCUUGCCGGAGGCUGUGCAGGAGGCUCCCAGGUGAUUUUCACCAAUCCUUUAGAAAUUGUCAAGAUCCGUUUGCAGGUGGCUGGAGAAAUCACCACCGGUCCUCGAGUCAGUGCUCUGUCUGUCAUGCGGGACUUGGGGUUCUUUGGGAUCUACAAGGGUGCCAAAGCAUGCUUUCUGCGGGACAUUCCUUUCUCGGCCAUCUACUUCCCGUGCUAUGCUCAUGUGAAGGCUUCCCUUGCAAAUGAAGAUGGGCACAUUAGCCCAGGAAGCCUGCUCGUAGCUGGCGCUAUAGCUGGUAUGCCUGCGGCAUCUUUAGUGACCCCUGCUGAUGUUAUCAAGACGAGAUUACAGGUGGCUGCCCGGGCUGGCCAAACCACUUACAGCGGAGUUAUAGACUGCUUUAGAAAGAUACUGCGGGAAGAAGGCCCAAAAGCUUUGUGGAAAGGAGCUGGUGCUCGCGUAUUUCGAUCCUCACCCCAGUUUGGUGUGACUUUGCUGACUUAUGAAUUGUUACAGCAAUGGUUCUACAUUGACUUUGGGGGAAUAAAACCCGUAGGAUCGGAGCCAGUUCCUAAAUCCAGGAUCACAUUGCCUGCUCCCAGUCCUGAUCACGUUGGGGGCUACAAAUUGGCAGUUGCAACUUUUGCAGGGAUUGAAAACAAAUUUGGACUUUACCUACCUCUCUUCAAGCCAGCAGCAUCUACCUCAAAAGUUAUCAGCGGAGGCCCGUAGGAGGCCCAGCAGCAGGAAUUGCUGUAGCAUUGUUGUUACAACAGUCAAGAACACCUCACCUUGGAUUUAAGCAAUGUCUCAUCCCUUUUACUUCCAUCUCUUGUUUAAAUUCUAGUUGAGGCUUUUUAUAAAGCGAAAUCAUUCAUUUUCUGUGUUUUCUUAACCAGAUCAUUGUGAAAUUAUUUAUAAUUAUUCUUCGGGCCUUAGCCUUGUAUCUGACAUGUGUUAGAAUUUGGUCAACACUGCAUGAUUUGAGGAAAGGAGCAAAUAGGAAUAGAAAUUCAGGCCGUUCUCCUUGGACUGGGAUUAGAAUCCCAAACAGGCUCCUGAAAGGCAAUCAUGGUGCUUAGAGCAAAGUGUUUCUUGUAUGUUUAAACUGGUAGUAAGCUGAGUACAUAUUUAUAAAAGUAAAAAACACUGGAAGAAAUGAAAAAAUUAUCAGAAAUAACCAGCCUGGCUUCAAAUCUUAUACACACACAAGUUCUGUCUCUGGAUUAUAUUAUGAAGCUUUUAUGUGAAACAUGUUUUUUUGUAAUGAAAACCACAUUGAAGAUGUUUAGUAAUCGUAUUCUGUUACUGGUACCAAGGCUGCUAGGGAAAAGUCUUUGUGCUUUAGGGAAGUACUUUUGGCAUUUUAUUAUAUUGACUUAGAAACUGGUGGAUGCAGCACUUCUCCUGGAUGUGCUAAAUUUGGGUAACUGUCCCUGUGAUGCAUAUAUGUCUAUUAUUGCCUAUUUCAAUAGACACUGUAGAAGAAAUGUAUUACCCUAUUGCAGAUACCUGCCCUAAUCCCCCUCCUCAUAACUGGUACCCAUUUGCUAUUAAAAUCUACUUUAUCUUGAAUCAUGUAAGACAAAUAUAUUCUAAUGUAAGUUUUUAUUUAAUUUCAGGUGCCUUGCAUAAUGUUCAGAGGCUCAUGUGUUUGUGAAGGUGGAAAUAAACUUUUUAAAGUCACUAAA